AUGGCUUCACUCAAUCAAGAUGUCGAGAUCGACAUGCCCACGGCGCAGACCAAGAAGUCGAAGUCGGAGAUGAAAAAAGAAGCCAGGCGUCAAAUCCACGAGGCCAACAUGGAUUGGCUGACCAAGCAGUGGCAAGGGCCAGACUGGUACCCUACCCUGCUGCAGCCUUCGAAACCUUGCCGGAGUGUUGUUAGAGGCCUGGUGAACAUCACCGAGAGGGCCAUGGCCAGAAACAUUCCUUUGUCCUCUCUCUGGGAGCCCGACGGAUGUCUCAGAAGUGUUGUCGACCAAGACCUGGCCACCAGGAAAGCAAGCCGCAAAGCAAGGGCCGGGCAUCCACAAUCUGGGCGCCUUACCAAGAACAUGGUGAGCGACGCAAGCAAGAAUAUGAGUUCAUCAAAGGCGGGGAUGGAAAAUGAUUGCAGUUCAUCCUCGGGUUCCACAACAGGUGAUGACUCUGAAGUGGAAGCACCAGAGAAAAGUAACGCGGUUUCGCGAUUGAGUACUUCUACCUUUGAUUCAUCAGCCAAGCAGCAACUCCCACCUCCACUCCACGAUACGGUCGCAUCCACAGAAGAUGAACUACAAAAUUCACCACGAGGUAUGAAGCGGCCCUUGGAAGACAACGAAGACGAAGCUUUGAAUCCACCCAUGUCGAAGAGUCAGCGAGUGGCCUUGGAGAAGGUGCUUGGAAUUUUGAGCCCUGAACAGAUCGAAAUCGUUCACCGCAAGUGGACCGCCGAACUUGAUACCGUCCUUGCAGCCAAAAAUGCAGCUGAGAAGGGGUUGCUGGACCUGAUGUAUGGCAAGGGCUCAAGGGCAGUCAGCGAAGCAGAAAGGGUACAGGCUCGUCUUCGGAAACGUGAAGCCGAAGAGGCUUUCAACCAAGCUUAUCAGAUACUCCAUCGUCCAAUUCAACUCAUGGAAGCGACGAGGGAUAUCAAGAAGACCUUUGAUGCUCGCGCUCGAUGUGCACUCAAGCUUGAGCGGGCUCAGAAAGAAGUCCAGGUUGCCAAGAGCAGAAUGGAGCAGGCGCAAGCGAACCACGAGGCGGCUUUAAAGUCAAACUUCAUGGGGGAUUGUGACUUUCAGGCAACUUUGGAAGUUCUUGAAGGGUCUGGCGAGGAUGGAGGACAGUGA